CGCAUCUACGACAAAAGAAAACUUCAUUAGCGGGUUCUGUCCAUGCUGAACAUGAAAGAGGGUGCCAAGAGAAUCGAGUCAAAUCGGUUUGGGACUGCUGAAAUGAUUUUGGAAACUCGCAUAGGAGUUUAAAAGCUUCUUUUCUUUUUGACAGGACUCGCGGGGCGGGCGCGAGCGCUCGUUCUUUCUGCGGAGGCAGUGAAAUGUAUCAAAUUCUAUUGUGAUGUAAAAAUGAAGUCGGAAGCGUGUACGGGCUGACAAACGGGGUCUUUACGUGUGACCUUGCCCGGAAAAGUGGUACACUAAAUCAAAUUUGCUUGCUUAUUUGCAAAUGUAAAAUUAGCAAAAAGUUGAAGAGCCUGUGGUCUGUCUGGCAGGUUUGAUGUACGGAAAGGUGCUUGGAAAAGGAAAACGGUGUGGACCGAAGUGAAAUAAUGCGAGGAAACGAUCCUGCGAGUGUACUGAUUUAAAGAAGCAUCGAGAGAAACAUCCUGCCGUGCUCCUCUCGGGGAUGACUUUUGGUUGACUGAGUAAUAACACUAGUUUUCCCACAAUCCAAUUAUGGAUGAUUGUAUUCCAGGUUGCUGCAAUGCCGCGAUCCAGAAGGGAAAGUUCGCGUUCGUCGAGGCUCAGUUGCAGGGUGGAGCGCCUUGGGGUUUCACGCUCAGAGGUGGACUUGAACACGGCGAGCUGUUAAUCAUAUCAAAGGUAGAGGAGGGCGGAAAGGCGUCUCUAUUGGAGCACCCCCUACAGGUGGGAGAUGUAGUUGUCAUAAUUAAUGAGGUGGAGUUGAGUGGAUGGAGACAAGAGGCGAUAUCUCUCAUUAAAGGAUCUUACAAAACACUGUGGCUUACGGUGCGAAGGGAGUGUUGUCCUGGUCCUUGCUGUUGUGAAUCACGUCCUCUCAGCCCUUCCAGAGACAACAGAUGCAGUGGAGGAGUGAGGCUUCGCAUCAAAAACAGACAAAGUGAGCCUGGCUCUCGACCUCAUUCCUGGCACUCUACGAAGCUGGGCGAGGGCCCUCAGGACUCAGACAGCAUGAUGCAAGUCACCCAGGGUGGUGUGGGAGCCCCCUGGCACCAGAGCUAUCAUUCAAGUGCCUCCACCACAGACCUAUCAGGGUAUGAUACGGGAUUCCUUAGGAAGAGCCCAGAUCAAUACAGUUCCCGCGGCAGCAUGGAGAGCCUAGACCACACUCACCCAGUCUAUAGCUCCUGUAAUCAACUGUCAUCCUCCAAAUCCUCCAGCAGCAUUGAUCACCUGCACAGCAAGCGUGAUUCUGCAUACAGUUCAUUCUCUACCAGCUCUAGUAUCCCAGAUUACCUUGCGGCUGCACCAUCGUUUAACAAGGAGAGGUCAUAUUCCAUGGAGAAUGUUCCACAGAAAGAAGGGAUGCAGCAGGCAGAUAUACGCUACAUGCGCACCGUCUAUGACCCCCAACAGGGUGUGUCUGAAGAGCAUGAGGUCACCUCUGCUGCACUGAUGAGAACCAAUGAAAGCAGAACACAGUCUAGAAGUGGGAAUGUCCAGGGCUUGAUCUGUCAUCGUGGCAGCAGUAGUAGUGGUAGUAGUGGAAGCAUCGGAGGCACCACCUACACACAACGCCACAGUGUUGGGCCAGUCUGGGAUCCAACACACAACCGGCAUUCCAACGAAAACCUAAAAGGGGCACCAGCACCUCCAUUACGUAGUGACAGCUAUGCAGCAUUUCGCAAUCAUGAACGGCCCAACUCUUGGUCGAGUCUUGAACAUGCUCGGUCACAGCGAGCACUUCACAAGGGUUCCUGGAAUCACUCAAGUGGUUCUGUUGCCACAGGAAAGUCCUCAUUUGGAGCUGAAGGUCAGCUGCACACUGUGAUUGAGAAAAGCCCUGAAAGUAGCCCCACCACCAAACCUAAACAGGGUUUUCCUCAGGCCGCACAGCCUGGCCGCCUCAUGUUACCCUCCAGCAUCUACCCUGUUCCACCACCCGAGACACAUUUUGCACAAAUUCCAACCAGUAACCCUAGCUCUGGUAGUGUGUACCCAACACUGGCUAAGGAGAGCAAGCACAACCCUCAUUGUGACCUUUUAGGGGGGUUAGAAAGAGAGGACAGGGUCAUGGUUGAAAAUGGAUACCAAAGCCAUGCUCCAAGUCUAAGCCCUGUUCAACCCCACAUUUUUGCACAACCUAAGCAAUCUGAUAUCAUUCAAGAUGACACUCAAGUCAAAUCUUUUUACCGAUCUCACUUGAAACCACAAGAGCAGAAGACACCAGCAUCAUCUGUAGUCCAGGAGAGGAGGGACCCUUACACACCUGUUCAACCAAGAAGAGAAAGAUCUAGGCUCUCGCAUGGCUUGGAAGUUUAUAACAAUUACAGGCAACCUAAAGACAAAGAACAAAACAAAUAUAGUGAACAAAACACUGAUCCUGACCCUCUUUACUCAGAUGAGAAAGUUGCACAGGGUCAAGUUGCCCAAAUAUACGGAGGAAACUUAGUCCAGACACAAGGAGGUGACCACAUAGUUAAACCAUUAAGGCACUACAGUGACUCUAGUGCUCUCCAACAGAGAGGUCAUGACCUGGAUCACCCUCUGACCAGACUGGAGAAUGCACUUGCUGAGGUUCAACGAUGUGCUAGUCCCGAAAGUACAGCUAGCCAAUGCAGUGUCCAGAGUGAACGUACCAUGUCUGUGUUGGAGAAAGUAAGUCAUUUUGAGAGACAGCAAGUUAAACCUCGCAGUCAUAGCAUCAUCUCCAAUCAUAGUUCUAGUCAAAGCCAAGCACCAAGACUUUCCAGUGAAAACUGUUCCAUCUCUAGCGUGGAAGAUUUGCGCAACAUCCAUUAUGGGAGAUCUCAGAGUGCUUCCAGCAUGGCAAGUUAUGAUGGACACAUAGAGGUGCAACAGGAUUCGCGAAUGAGACGUGGAAGUAGUGACCAUGCACGUCAUCACCAUCCACAAGACCCUGCCAUCACCCUUCAGAGGAAUAAGAGCACCUUCCAGCUUGGUGAGAAAAAUAGCUACCAAGGUAAAGGUGACAUUCAUAAUAUCCUGGCCACCAUCCAGGAUACAUAUUUUAACAGAGCAUAUAGAGACAGCGUUAAAGAUGCUCAGUCUAAAGUGCUGAGGUCUACUUCAUUCAGAAGAAGUGACCUUAGCAUUAAUCCUCCAGCAGCGCCAGAUAAACACAUGUCCCUAGAGAGAAAAGUACCUGAGACAAGUCUCAAACCUGCUACAUCCCCACACACUCCAAAAGAACGACAUGUUGUUCCUGUUGAGGUAUCAAAUGGAACCACUCCUGAUCUCCCCAGUGUCCCAGCCGUGGGACCCCCAGUCAUGCGGAUUUGUGGACGCAAACGAUUUACAAUGGAGAAGAAAAAACGAUCUUACUCUGAGCCAGAAAACAUGCAUGAAGUUGGCGUGCUGACUCAGGAAAUCAGUCAGGCUGAGAGGAAGAUUCAGCAGCAGUUUUUGUCAAGUGAGACAAGUGUUGCCGACCGGCGCAGGAUGUUUGAGCAAGUGGCUAAUCUUAACGCCAACCCUAGACUAGUCUCCUCCAGAUCAGAUUUGAAGCAGAUGCAGCAAGAAGCCCUUGUUGAGUACAUGGAACGCAAAACAGGUAGAAGAAUAGAUGGGCAUCCAAACCGCCCACAUAGUGCAUAUCUACAGUCAGCUUCUUCCUCUUCCACUGACUCACGGAGUCUCACCUCAACCCCAAGUUUGUGCUCUUCGCAAGAGCCAGGUUACGAUGGCUUCUUUGGGGGUGUUCAUAAAGCGUCCACCCUUCCAGCAGGAAUGCAAAGCUCCUUUUAUCCAACCAGCACCACCCAAAAUCACACACGGUCUGAGUUCUUCCCCAUUAGCCAUCAGUCACAAGGCAUAAGUCAUGAAUAUUCGAAACCAGAGACCAAGAAACCCAUCACUACACAGAUCCCAGGCCCAGCCAGACAUCCCCAUCCUCAGCACCUGGAGGCAUAUUUUGAGAAAGCCACCUCAGCCAGAAGCUCGGGGAGGUCAGCUUCAGCAGAGGAUCUGCUUGACCGUAGUGAAGAAUGUCCAGUUCCUCAGCACUUUCGCUCCAGGUCAUCUCCAUCAGUGGAGAACUUUAAUCAGGACCUAAUGGCCACAAACCUCCAACAGUUUAUAGCUGCCUCCAAGGAAUCCUCAGAAACCAGCAGGGUGUUGGGGAACACAGCACCCAAACAGUCACGUGCAGAGAGGAGCUACCAGCUGAACCAUGGUUCUGUCCAGCAAAACACAACUGUGCUGAGGCGUGAGCACCAGAGAAAUUCUGACCGGCCCAGGGCACAAAGUGCUUCUGCUCUUGCUGCCUCCGUGGGACUGCCUUGUUCUCUCACCUCUCCAGGAACUGUUGUCAGUCUGGACUGGCAUAAUGGAGAGAGACUGUGUCAGCCCAACCUGGACUAUAUUGCUUUUCUAGAAACUGGCUCUCAAAGUCAAACGAGUCCGCACGGACUCUUGCGACAGAAAUCCAACGACACCAGCACUUCUGAAGACACCCUGAAGGACUUUCCAUGUCCAGUGACUUCAAAACCAUCAAAGUCCACCCAGUCACCUCCAUACCCGGAGGUCAAAAUCAUGGGGUCCCAUACAUCCCUGGAAUAUCCACCUGAAAGGUCAUCAGAUUCAAGGCCACCCACUUGGAUCCCAGAGUCUGGUCUUCAGGACGUUCAGAAUGCUGCUUUAUUACAAGACGAUGAUGAAGUGUUUUUAGCGUCACUCCCACCACCACCAUCUUUCCCCCCACCACCACUACUGCCAAUCAGAGAGACAGAGAUUACGGAUGACUUCCCCCCACCCCCACCUCUUACACUAACUCCUCAUCAACCCCCAGUUGAGGAGUUAGUAACAGAAGCUUUACAGUCAUCAGGAUCAUUAAGACCAAUCAGCGAUUCUGAGAUUCUGGCUGACACAACGGUCUGUCCAGAGACUGAACGGUCAAUAAAUGGCCCCAAAACUCCUUCUGUGACCCCUGACCUAGAGUCCAGCCAUCUCACAGACAGCACAGCACAUCCUCACCAUCAGUCACCCAGCAGUGUCUCUCUAGAGGAAGACACCUCUCAGAUUCUGGGACUUGACACCCGUCUGCUCUCUAAAAGAGACCAAACUCAACCAGAGCUGCUUGUGGAGACUCUUGCCCGCGAGCUGGUGAUCAGGGACAAAUCCCUCACCUCGCUCCUGGACAUCUGGCCGGGUAAAUCAACCAUAGAUCUAAUGGAGGACAUCUUCCCCUCACACUCAUUGUUGCCCUGGCAACACAGGAGGAGCAGCAGCGGUCAUUUGGUUGACAGGACUCAAGAUGGCUCGUGUACCCCAGAUACUCACAUUCAGACUGUACCAAGAAAUAUGGAGACGGAUCUGGAUGAUGAAGAGGCUUAUCUGAAUCAAAAGAAGGUGGAGCUGUUGCACGCACUGAACAUGAGCAUCAGAUUGUUGCGAGGGGAGAGAGAGAAUCUGGUUGAACAGCAGAAGCGCUUCAGCACUCUAGGAGGCAGUUUGGAAGCUUUAGUCCAGGAACGCUGUAAACCCAAUGAGAGAGACAAAUACUUCAUGUUCGUCGGUGACCUGGAGAAGAUUGUAAACCUGCUGCUGUCCCUGAGCGCUCGACUCGCUCGCGUGGAGAAUGCACUGACUGCUCUCAGAGGAGAAGAGAGCCAGGAAAGUGCAGAAGAAAGGGAGUCGCUGCUGUUGAAACGCAAGCAGUUGUGCAGUCAGCAGGAAGACGCCCGUGAGCUGAAAGAAAAUCUGGACCGACGUGAGCGAGUGGUUCUGGAUAUCCUGGCGGGUUACCUGAGCGGCCCGCAACUGCACGACUACCAGCAGUACAUCCGCAUAAAACCCGCCCUGCUCAUCCGACAGCGCCAUCUGGAUGAGCUCAUACGGCAGGGGGAGGAGCACGUGCAAAGACUGGAGGAGAACCUCCCCCUUGAGUUCCACCCAAAGAACACUGACCCCGCCCCCAUAUCACCACACUGUUUUAACCCCACCCACUCGCCACGCCCCACCACCGUGACCUCACUCUGACUCCGCCCAUCAUAGAAUGCAACUACGUACAGCUGCUGAGGAAAGAAUCAAUGAAACUGAUGUAGAUAUUGAAAGAGACUAUGAGACAAUGCACACAGAAAAGUGCCUUAAAUGAAGGAUUUGACUUUAUGACUUUGCAAUUGGAGUAUCACCAACAGUCAAGAAAACGUCCAAGUUCUAUUUCACCCCAAAAUCUGAAGAAAAAACAUAUUCAAUUAUAAAAAGCCGAGUUUUGGCUCCACUAAGAUUUUUUGCAUUGUGACAUAAUUUUUUGUUCAAUUAAGCGCAUUUUCCCUCCUUGCGUCCUGAUUAGAUACAGUUUCCAUUUAAUCACAAUGUUCAUUUGAAGAAUGCAAAUACCAGUUCUUAAAAUGUGUGUGUGUGUGUGUUAAUAUACUGUACAUGUUAAUAACAUUGCUAUUGAACUGCAUAGUUUGGCCCUGUUGUUAAUUUUUUUUAAAUGUAUAUUUUUAUAAUGUAUCAAGUUUGAAGGUUCCCUCUGUAAUUUGCAGCAUAUGCAAAAUGGACAUUAUACUGUAAAUGAAAUAUACCCAAAUUCCUUUCAAAUCUAUUCAAAAUGUUUCAAAAUAUAAUCGUUUGUGAAUCAGAAUAAAAUCAAAUUUGGAAUUGUGCCCUAGUCCAUAAAUGUUAUACAUUAUUUCCAAUGUUUAUUCUCAAUACUAUAAUACUAAUCAUACAAAAAGAAAUACUGUCAAAUGGUUUACUGUAAUAAGGUAAAACUACAUUGUUAUAAAAAGAUUUUAAAAUUAUAAUUAGAAUAGGUCAUACAACAAAUAAUACCAUAAUGUCUUAAAUACUUUAAUCAUUUAUCAUUAUUUACAUUACAGUAAUAAGAACUGGAGGUUUGAGCUUAAUUGUCUAGAAAAAAAUGUCACUAUGCAAAAAUCCAAAUCACCCUAAAAAUGAACUUUUAUAGGUUUUUAAAAUAGACAUUUUCUACAUAUACACAGUACUGUGCAAAUGUUUUAGGCACAUAAGAUGUUUCACAAACAAAUUGUGUUAGGAUGGUUAUUUACUGUAUAUCUUCAGCUUUAGUGUGUCAAUAGGAAAUAUAAAUGUUAGACUCCUAAACAUUAAUUUUGCAAAUAGAAAAUAUUAGAAUAGAAGAACAGGGAGCCCUGCAACAGACGCCAUGGCCCCCACAAAGCCCCCCACUGAACAUCGUGUCAGUCUGAGAUUACAUAAUGUGACAGAAGCAAUUGAGACAGCCGAAAUAGAAGAACUGAGGAAAGUUCUCCAAGACGCUUGGAACAUCCAAUCCGCCAACAACCAAGAAAAACUGUGUCCAGGUGUAACUAGGAGAAUCGGGGCUGUUUUAAAAGCAAAGGUGGUCACUCCGAAUAUUGAUUCAUCUUUUUUAUGUUUACUGGACUUUGUAUGACAUUAAUUGAUAAAUGAAAAAUAUUUAUGUCAUUAUCUUUGAAGACAUCCUCACUGUGCAACAUUUUUCACAAGUGCCUAAAACUUUUGCACAAUACUGUGUAUAUAUAUAUUUAUUUACAUUUUAAUGCAAAGUAUGGAAGUUCAUCAAUGUGCGAGAAAUCUUUUUUUAUUUCACACAUGCAUGGUGCAUUUACGUAGCAUACUCAAAUUAGCACAACACAACAACUGUACAACACUAAAGCACAAGGCACAGCACAAUGCAAAUUCAAUGGCACAAAAAUGCCUCAUUGUGAUUGGUGAAUUCAAUAACCGCUGAGCACUUUGGAACAGAUGACCCACGUGUGUCUCAAAGACAAGAACAUAUUUCAGACACACACAUUCUAUUUGGAAUUUUAAAAUAAUAAAUUCCUGUUUUUUAUAAAUGUCUUCCUGAAAUGCCACCUUUUACAUCAAUAGCAUCAGAUAAUUAUUUAUAAUUUUAGGUUUAGAGUUGAUUUUGUAUUCUGUAUGUUACUGUACAUACUCGGAGCGAUCCCCAUGUGAAUUAAAAUGUAGAUGAUUUUAAAAAGAAAACAGAUGAUGUUGUAUUUUUGUAAGCAAAUUACAAAAAAGCAGAACAGUUAUGAAGAGUGCUUUUGUGGCUCUUGUAUGUUUACGGUUGGUUUUAACUGGU